AUGGGUCUCAAGUUGGGCACGGGUCCUAUUGGCAAGACCAUCAUAUUGAAGAACAAUGCCAAAAUUUUAGAAGUCAUGAAAGCCUUUGCAAGAUCCAGUCAUCCUCAGUAUCAUUUGGGGAUACAUACUGGAGAGAAAACUAAUAAUUGUAAUCGACGUGGUAAAGCCUUUGCAGGACCCUGUGAUCUCCAAUAUCAUAAAAGAACACAUACUGGAGAGAAACCUUAUGAAUGUAAUCAAUGUCGUAAGACCUUUUCAUGUAACGGUAGUCUCCAAAGACAUAAAAUAACUCAUAGUGUAGAAAAACCUUAUGAAUGUAAUCUGUGUGGUAAAGCCUUUGCAAGAUCCAGUUAUCUCAAGUGUCAUAAAAGAACACAUACUGGAGAGAAGCCUUUUGAAUGUAAUGUAUGUGGUAAAGCUUUUACAGUAGCCAGUAAUCUUCAAUAUCAUAAACGAACACAUACUGGAGAGAAACCUUAUGAAUGCAAUCAAUGUGGUAAAGCCUUUACAGUAUCCAGGAAUCUUCAAUAUCAUAAAAGAACACAUACCGGAGAGAAACCUUAUGAAUGUAAUCAGUGUGGUAAAACCUUUACAGCAUCCAGUAAUCUUAAAUAUCAUAAAAGAACACAUACUGGAGAGAAACCUUAUGAAUGUAAUCAAUGUGGUAAAGCCUUUGCAGUUCAGUGUAACCUCAAAAGACAUAAAAGAACACAUACUGGAGAGAAACCUUACAAAUGUAAUCAAUGUGGUAAAGCCUUUACAGCUUCCAGUAAUCUUAAAUAUCAUAAAAGAACACAUACUGGAGUGAAACUCUAUGAGUGUAAUAUAUGUGGUAAAGCCUUUACAAGAUGCAGUAAUCUCCAAUAUCAUAAAACAACACAUACUAGAGAGAAACCGCAUGAAUGUAAUCAAUGUGGUAAAGCCAUUGCAAGAUCCAGUUAUCUCCAAAGACAUAAAAUUACACAUACAGGAGAGAAGCCUUAUGAAUGUGAUCAAUGUGGUAAAGUCUUUGCACAGCGUAGUAAAUUUCAAUAUCAUAAAAGAACACAUACUGGAGAGAAUCCUUAUGUAUGCAAUCAAUGUGGGAAAGCCUUUGCAUGUCACAGUACAUUCCAAUAUCAUAGAGUAACACAUACUGGAAAGAAACCUUAUGAGUGCAAUCAAUGUGGUAAAGCCUUUGCAUAUCACAGUGCUCUUCAAAUACAUAAAAGAACACAUACUGGAGAGAAACCUUAUGAAUGUAAUCAAUGUGGUAAAGCCUUUGCACAGCACAGUUAUCUCCAAAUUCAUAAAAGAACACAUACUGGAGAGAAACUUUAUGAAUGUAAUCAAUGUGGUAAAGCCUUUGCAUGUCACAGUAAUCUGCAAACACAUAAUAGAACACAUACUGGAGAGAAACCUUAUGAAUGUAAUCAAUGUGGUAAAGCUUUUACAUGUCACAGUAAUCUGCAAACACAUCAAAGAACGCAUACUGGAGAGAAACCUUAUGAAUGUAAUCAAUGUGGUAAAGCCUUUGCACGGCGCAGUACUCUCCAAUAUCAUAAAAGAACACAUACUGGAGAGAAACCUUAUGACUGUAAUCAUUGUGGUAAAGCCUUUGCACGGCGCAGUACUCUCCAAUAUCAUAAAAGAUCACAUACUGGAGAGAAACCUUAUGAAUGUAAUCAAUGUGGUAAAGCUUUUACACAUCACGAUAAUCUCCAAUAUCAUAAAAGAACACAUACUGGAGAGAAACCUUAUGAAUGUAAACAAUGUGGUAAAGCCUUUGCAAGACCCAGUCAUCUCCAGUAUCAUAAAAGAACACACACCGGACAGAAAACUUAUUAAUGUAAUCAAUGUGGUAAAGUGUUUUC